UGACAUAUAUACCAAUCGCGCUAGACAGCCGCUGUGCUGCUUUGUGGAUAACGACUCCCAUUGUUGGGGCAGAGAGAUGUGUUUCUAGCAAAAAUAUCCAUCAUCUUUGGAUAGAGCUGCUGUAGUUUUUCUUUUUUCAAAAGUUAAUUGACUGGACUGACUGGACCAUCGUAGAAUUGUCUGCAAAAAGGUUCGUAUUUUAGCCUUACUUUUCACUAAGCAGUUAAAAAAUUUAGUUAGAAUAAUUUAUAUAGGCUUUCCGUUAGUAGGCUAUUUAUUUAUUUAUUUUUAUUUCACCUUUAUUUAACCAGGUAAGCCAGUUGAGAACAAGUUCUCAUUUACAACUGCGACCUGGCCAAGAUGCUUCAAGGCAUAUAAUUAGCCCUAUAAAUUAAUUCGUAAAGCUGGAAUUAAUUCGAAAUUGUCUGUAAGUGUCAUAUAUAUAUAUAUAUAUAUAUAUAUAUAUAUAUAUAUAUAUAUAUAUAUAUAUAUAUAUAUAUAUAUAUAUAUAUAUAUAUAUAUAUAUAUACUACCGGUCAAAAAUGCAAUGCAUAUAAAUGAAUGCAAUGCUAUGCGUGUGCUUAACCUGAAAACGAGGAUGCGUCGGUUUUGACAAUUCAGUGUAGGGUGCACGUCUGACUGACUGUCAGCUGGCUAGAGAUCGUGUGUGUGGGGUAACGUUACUGAUUCAAAUAACCCAUGAAAUGUAAGAAUACAAUUAUAGGGAUUAUAUUCAUUACAGGGAUAAUAGAUUGAAGUUAGUAUAAAUUGCUGAUCGCCUCUUCUGGGAGCAGGUAGGACAAAUCUAUUGCUUCAUGCUAGCUAAAUAGGUUUUGACAUUUUGGUAGGGGCGCGUCAGUUCUAGUUACGUGGCUGUCAUUGGCUAGACAUCGUGUGUGGUGUACUGAUUCAAAGAAACCAUCAGAUGAAAUUUCAGAAAAUAUAUCAUUAUAGGGCUGAUAGAUUUUAGUUAGUAUCAAUUGCUGAUCUCCUUUUAUGGGAGCAUGUUAGUCUAUGCUCGCUAGCUAGUUUAUGCUCGCUAGCUAGUUAAUUCAUUGCCACGCGUUCCCGACUGUAAGCAAUGCCUUGUGAUUGGGCUACACAACCCACAGCUAGGCUAUACAAUCUAUUGAUUCUCUGUGGCUAAAUUACAGGCCUACUCCUGGUGUAGUAUUCUGAAUUAUUCCAUUUAUUUCUGAACAGACGGCAGUAAUUCUAUAACUUUGGCAAAUGUAUUUCAAUUUAUCAGGGGUGCUCCAGCACCCUUCCCAUGGCUAUGAUUCUAUACGGAAAUAAAUACUGAAGUACAACUCUGGAGAGAUGGUAGUUGCAGGCUCAUGCAGAGAGAGAGGGAAAGAUCAUUAAAUUAAGCUCAUUCUGCUUCUGUGAGAGAUACAGGCAUGCUUCUCUCUCGCACCACAGCAACUGGUCUCUAGGCGACAAUAUUGCUAGGCGACAAUAUUGUGCAAAUCCUAAACCCGGGCUGUAGUGGAAGGACCACACCAUUUCCCGAGUUGUAGCGGGAGGACCAGACACCAUAUCCUCGCCUGACUCCAAGGUGGUUAUGAUAUCAAUAUUUGCGUAUAAAGACGUUUCCACCGCCAUUUCUUGCAUAAUUAAUUUUACAGACACAAAAAGAUCCCACCAUGUCAACGAACAAAUUCGGUCGGCGUUUAUAACAUUUCCAUCACAGCUGUCAUGACUUUUUUUUUUUUUUUUUUAAUAUGGUGUGACUUUAUUUUCAAAAAAAACGUGCAUAGAAAUGGUGAUUGGAAACGUGGUGAUAAAUGAUAAGCUGCUACUAACCCUUCACAUGGAAGUGAAAGGUUAGUAGCAGAGCUGUAAUUUAUGAGUGAGAAAGCAUAUGCAGGAGCUAAUAUGCCUACAGCAUAUUACCCACGGGGCACAGACAUAGGUUUAAGGUCUAGUUUUGAUAAACAUUUGAGUUGUCAACUAACAAACAACAAAAAGUGGAACCAUGUCAUUGGAUUUAGGUUUUUGCAAAUCCAAUCUAUAUAUUUAUGAUGGCAAUAAUGUUGAUUCAACCAGUUUGUUCCCAGUGGGUAGCCCUUCAAGAUUUUACAUUGCUUCCCUGGUCAGAAUUUGAUGCUCUUGUCUUCUACAGAUGGACAGUCUUUUACAGAUGGGUAGAUGCAAGCAGGCACUUGUCCUAGCUAUUCUCUGUCUGUCAGCAUCAAUGAUGUACUUCUUCUUACUCCACUAUUGCCCAACAGAGGAAGACACAGAUCAAUUAGUUCCUCAGCAAAUAAGGUAUAUUUUCUUUUUUAGCAACUGUUUGUUUUAACUUUUGGUUUGAAGACUUCCACCAGUUAUGGUGAAGCCUGAAAUCACUUAGACAUUUAAAAAUGUAAAGGUACAAUACACUUGUUUUUAAGAUAGUUCUGCCAUCGUGAAAAUCAAUAAAGUACUGUACCAGUUUUAAAAUUGUAUAUUGGGCCUCUAUCUUCAGCAAUGUUCUUGUAGAUUAUUUUAUAUUUGUCCCUGUGAAUCAAUAGAGUCUUACCAUCCACCAGUCCCAGACAACCCAAUUGCAGUUGUCAGGGAAAGGGAAUGCUUGUACUGAAAGAUCACCUUCCAAAAGACCAGUAUGAUGACAUAGUCAAACGAAGAGCUGAGGAGUACAGGAAGCAUCAUAUCAGGUGGGUGAAAAUACUACAAAUGUAACCUGGUGUUAUGGACAUCAGUAAGCCUUUUCCCCUGAUUUGGCGUAUACCUGGCUCGAACUCGGGACCUCUGCUUCGCAACACUCGUGACCGCCCUCCUUAACAACAUUUCAAGCUAACUGUGGAGUUAGUUUAUUGCACAUUCUUAAUUCCGUUACACUGGCAACAAGGUCAUUUCUGGACAUGAUAUUCUUCCAUUUCAAGAAUGGAAUAAAAUCCACUAAAUUGAUUGUUAUGUCUUAAAUAUGCACAUGUGGACGGCCUAGGUGCUGUACUCAGGAAACAUUUAUGGGACCAUUUGAUAAUCUCCUAGGACAAGCUCCAGUCUGAACAGGCUUAUCUUUGCUCCAUCCAACUCCCCUCUUCAGUAUCCUAUCCAGGGGUUCACUGUUGUCCCUCUUCAGAAGACAUUGAUACCAGGUAGCCUAUGCAAGAACCACUUGUUUAUGUACCGGCCAUCAUUAAUAAAGAAUAACUGUAUACAGUAUGUUCUUUGCAAAGCAAUUACACAAUAGAUUAGUAACUCUAUAUUUAAAUUGUUCUAUAAAAUAUUAUUGCAGGUUUAGCUCUCCAUGCAGCAAAAAUACAAAAUUACAAGGUUGGUUCUAAACGCUUUGAAUGGAUAAUGGUCUUGAGGGUCUUAUUUUCUCCAUGUUGUAAUGAACAACUGUUUGUUGGUGUUUGAUUGGAAUCUUUGGUAAGACUUUACAGUAAGGAUAGUUAUUGACAUAACUUAUGCAGUGUAUGUUAUGGCUAAGGCCAGUGUACAGACAAACGCAGAAGUCAAUUUUACCCUUAAUGUUAAGAGUUACCUUCUGUUUUUGGUGGUGGUUCUUUACAUCAGGUGUCAUACAGUGGGGGAAAAAGUAUUUAGUCAGCCACCAAUUGUGCAAGUUCUCCCACUUAAAAAGAUGAGAGAGGCCUGUCAUUUUCAUCAUAGGUACACGUCAACUAUGACAGACAAAAUGAGAAAAAAAAAUCCAGAAAAUCACAUUGCAAGAUUCUUAAUGAAUUUAUUUGCAAAUUAUGGUGGAAAAUAAGUAUUUGGUCAAUAACAAAAGUUUCUCAAUACUUUGUUAUAUACCCUUUGUUGGCAAUGACACAGGUCAAACGUUUUCUGUAAGUCUUCACAAGGUUUUCACACACUGUUGCUGGUAUUUUGGCCCAUUCCUCCAUACAGAUCUCCUCUAGAGCAGUGAUGUUUUGGGGCUUUUGCUGGGCAACACAGACUUUCAACUCCCUUCAAAGAUUUUCUAUGGGGUUGAGAUCUGGAGACUGGCUAGGCCACUCCAGGACCUUGAAAUGCUUCUUACGAAGCCACUCCUUCGUUGCCCGGGCGGUGUGUUUGGGAUCAUUGUCAUGCUGAAAGACCCAGCUACGUUUCAUCUUCAAUGCCCUUGCUGAUGGAAGGAGGUUUUCACUCAAAAUCUCACGAUACAUGGCCCCAUUCAUUCUUUCCUUUACACGGAUCAGUCGUCCUGGUCCCUUUGCAGAAAAACAGCCCCAAAGCAUGAUGUUUCCACCCCCAUGCUUCACAGUAGGUAUGGUGUUCUUUGGAUGCAACUCAGCAUUCUUUGUCCUCCAAACACGACGAGUUGAGGUUUUACCAAAGAGUUCUAUUUUGGUUUCAUCUGACCAUAUGACAUUCUCCCAAUCCUCUUCUGGAUCAUCCAAAUGCACUCUAGCAAACUUCAGACGGGCCUGGACAUGUACUGGCUUAAGCAGGGGGACACGUCUGUCACUGCAGGAUUUGAGUCCCUGGCGGCGUAGUGUGUUACUGAUGGUAGGCUUUGUUACUUUGGUCCCAGCUCUCUGCAGGUCAUUCACUAGGUCCCCCCGUGUGGUUCUGGGAUUUUUGCUCACCGUUCUUGUGAUCAUUUUGACCCCACGGGGUGAGAUCUUGCAUGGAGCCCCAGAUCGAGGGAGAUUAUCAGUGGUCUUGUAUGUCUUCAAUUUCCUAAUAAUUGCUCCCACAGUUGAUUUCUUCAAACCAAGCUGCUUACCUAUUGCAGAUUCAGUCUUCCCAGCCUGGUGCAGGUCUACAAUUUUGUUUCUCGUGUCCUUUGACAGCUCUUUGGUCUUGGCCAUAGUGGAGUUUGGAGUGUGACUGUUUGAGGUUGUGGACAGGUGUCUUUUAUACUGAUAACAAGUUCAAACAGGUGCCAUUAAUACAGGUAACGAGUGGAGGACAGAGGAGCCUCUUAAAGAAGAAGUUACAGGUCUGUGAGAGCCAGACAUCUUGCUUGUUUGUAGGUGACCAAAUACUUAUUUUCCACUAUAAUUUUCAAAUAAAUUCAUUAAAAAUCCUACAAUGUGAUUUUCUGGAAAAAAAAAUUCUCAAUUUGUCUGUCAUAGUUGACGUGUACCUAUGAUGAAAAUUACAGGCCUCUCUCAUAUUUUUAAGUGGGAGAACUUGCACAAUUGGUGGCUGACUAAAUACUUUUUUCCCCCACUGUAUCUACCAUUUUCUGCUUAGCUUUUACUUCAUGUAGGGGAGACCCGGGAUGAAAGUAACACUUUUAGAUUUUUCCUAUUUACUCAGAGAUCGAUAGUGCUAGAGAAACCAUAUUUUAUUAUAAACAACUUACAGUAUAUAUGUCCUACAACCUGCAACUGUAAUUAAAUGUCUAGGAUAAAUUACUUUAAAAUAUAAAGGCAGAGAACGAAACUAGCACAAUGCUACCUUUGUACCUGCCAGGCGGGUCUAAACUAACACAGGCUUGGGUCAAAAUUAACAGCUGGUCAAAAGUGCGCAAUAUCUGUCUUAUUUACAUUUUUCUGGUUUGUAAUGCUGCUUACGUUCAACAAAGGUACAGUCAGCCAUAGUUUCUUGUUUGUGUAGAUUCAAUAAAUAAGUAUAUGAUUUUGAAAUUAAUUCAAAUUAACCAUGCGUCAACAUCGCAAUGUUGCGCAACCACUAUUUUGAUUUUGAUUAAUCGGACUAAAAUGAUCACAUAAUAGCUAUAUUAACAAUAAUUUCUUUAAUGGAAAUGUUCAAUGACUAUUCAUGUUUAGCCCUUCAAAUCAGAUGUGCGCCAGUUGUCUUUGUCAUGCGUGCUCCUCGUGUCUUGAUAGAAUACACAUUUAUAUUCUCUUAACAAAUGGCAAACUCAUCAUGCUUUCCAUGGCUUGAGGUAAUUGACCCCCAGAAUCAUAGAUAUUUUUUUAACCACUAACCUGUUGAUAAAAGCAUAUUGUGAGAAGCUAAUCAAGUCAAUUAAUGCAGAAUUCUAAUGAUGUCAUAUGUAAUUUUAAAACUUUUAGAUGACAUUAUGAAAGCAAUAUGAACUAGAAGAGACAAGGGCCAGUGCUUAAACAUCUCUUUAUUUUAUUCAAGGUCGUCCCACCUGUCUCUCCUGUAACUUCUCCAAGGCUAACACCCAACACUAGCUAGGAUGAUACUUAAAACCUGUGCUGUCAUUUAGUCACUAGAUGGGUUAAGAAAAAUGGCAUAUGAAAGCACAACUCUACAACCAAAAAACAUUUCUGGGUCGGAUUUGGCAGAUUUUUUGCAGGGAGGUCGUCCAUUAGGGACGUGCUGACUUCAGACUUCACUACAUCAUUCUAGGUUCUGUGUUAUCUGAGAAAAUGGGCAUGUUACUUUCGCCCUGUGUUACUUUCGUCCCAGUAUUAUGAUACUCAGGAUUUGUCCCACAGAUGGUUUGUUUACGCUUCUACAGUUGUGACUAGAUGGAGUAGGCCUACAACAGCUUCAUCUAGUGGACGCAUCGGGGACAACAGUUGUUGACCAUUGUAGCAAACCCUAACCUAUUCUCCUAACCUGCUACAUUUAUUCACCUAACCUGCUGCGUUAGUUCUCCUAACUUGCCACGUUAAUUCACCUAACCUGCCGCGUUAAUUAUCCUAACCUGCUAUGUAAGCAAACCAUCUGUGGCGACAAAUCAUCAGUACCAUCACACCGGUUCUCCCUGUCUUCCUUUCCUUUUUGCAAUGAAGUAAGCAGCAAAUAGUUUUUUCCUCAGUUACAGUAUGUCUGUUUGAGACCGCAUUGAUAUGAACAGGAUUGACAAGGUUUUUUCAAAUAUUUUACCUAGCUAACUGCCUAUCCACAGACAGUUACACAAAUAUUAAAGGCAGAUGUUCAAAUUAAAGUUUUACCACGUAGAACAAAUUCCUCCACCUAUUUUUCACAGUUGUUUACAAUGACAAGUUUUGUCCUCCAAAAGACACAAAUAAUUUUUGAACUGUAUAUCUAAACGCUAAAUCUAAAUUCACAAAGUGUUGUUCUGCUUCAAUCUAACUUCUAACAACAAAACUUAAUUUUAAUACACAUUUUAGGAACUUAAUUGAUUAGAGAAAGAAGUAUGCAGAUGUUAACAGGAACCACAUUGAUUAAACAACUGUACAAUCACAUAAGUUCCAUAGAAGUGGAAAAUGGUCCAUCUUCUCAACUUUUGACCUCAGUCUACGAAAAUGCUAUGGUGUUAUGUACCUGCAGGUUACUCUGAGUGUGUCCAGUGGUGUCCUGGCCAUCAAGGCCCUUGGAGAGGGGGACAAAGAGAGACAGGGAGAGAAAGAAAUCACUGUCCAGUCUACCAGCCUAUCUGACCUCAACAAUCUUCUGGGACGAAUGACCUACACCAGCACUGUGUACCGGAUGAGGACUGGAGACCUGGGUAAGGUCAUAGAUCCAGGUUUCCUACCAUACCCAUGUCUUUCUCUCUACAUGAUCUGAGACCAUCAUAUGACACCACCCUUCCCUGCUCUUUCACCAGCUCACUUCACGUUUGAACACCAUGAGGCUGUCUUCCCUAUUGUCAUCCAGCAGCCAUCAGUGCCUGUUUUAUAUGACAUAGGAAACGGUGAGAUCCCCCUUUAUUCCCUUGUAAUGUAGCCAGUAUCUGAAAGUGAAAGUGUGGCAUUAAGCAUCCUCAUGAACGCUGGUGUAUUGACAUAGUCAGGUCCAACAUUUUUGGCACCCUUGAUAAAGAUGAGCAAAAAAUAAUGAAAAUACUAAUUUGCUGUAUAUUGUAUGCAAGAAAAUAGAGAAAUUAUGUAAUGUUAUAGUAAUACAAUUGCUCAGAGAAAGAUUUUGUUUAAGAAGUAAAAAAGAUAGGGGUGAAAAUGAUUGGCACCCCUGUUUUCAACACUCAAGCACCCUCCCCUUGCGAGAAUAACGACACUGAGACUUUUUCUAAAAUGCUUUAUGAGAUUGGAGAACACAUUGGGAUGGAUCUUAGACCAUUCCUCCAUACAGAAUCUUUACAGAUUUUUGAUAUCCUUCGUCCUGGUACUUGGUAAAGUUCAUGAUGCCAUUGACCUUAAUGGCCCCUGGACCAGUGGAAGCAAAAAUAGCCCCAUAACAUCAAAGAUCCACCACCAUAUUUACAGUAGAUAUGAGGAAAUGUUCUGCAUAUACAGUACUUCCGUUUUUUCGACGCCAAACCCACCACUGGUGUGCGUGGCCAAAACCUCUAUUUUGACAUCUGACCAUAGCACCGGUUCCAAUCCAAGUGCCAAUGCUGUGCCAAACUCCAGGCGGUGCUAUAGUCAGAUGACAAGAAAAUAGAGCUCUUUGGCCACGUGCACCAGUGGUGAGUUUGGCAUCGGAAAACUGAUACACAUACUCGCCAGCAUUGCUAGUAAUUAGCUUGCAAAAAACUGAACAGUCCGUGGGAAGCCAGAAGUUAUAUAAAAUUGAAUUUCAACUUACUCUGCCGGUUGUCUGGUAACGUAUUAUUAAACAGACUUUCCUAAUGUGACAGGCUGUGAGGUCAGUGAGAGGGUUUUGUGGAUGCAGGAACAGUCAUGUAUGCUUUUUUACGUAAUAGUGUAGGUUAAUAGGGAGAAUAAAACCAAUAUCAAAGUUAUCAAUAUCUUAUUGAAUUAUCAUUUUACUUUUACAUUUUAGUCAUUUAGCAGACGCUCUUAUCCAGAGCGACUUACAGUUAGUGAAUAUAUAUAUUUUUUUUUAUACUGGCCCCCCGUGGGAAUCGAACCCACAAUCCUGGUGUUGCAAACGCCAUGCUCUAUUAACUGAGCUACAUCCCUGCCGGCCAUUCCCUCCCCUACCCUGGACGACGCUGGGCCAAUUUUGCGCCGCCCAUGAGUCUCCCGGUCGCGGCCGGCUGCGACAGAGCCUGGAUUUGAACCAGGUUCUCUAGUGGCACAGUUAGCACUGCGAUGCAGUGCCUUAGACCACUGCGCCACUCAGGAGUACAUUAUUAUCAAUAUUGAUUACCACCACUAGCAAACAUUUUGUAUAAAACCUUAAAAGGACCCCUAAUCUAUGGAUUUCACAUGAUUGAGAAUACAUAUAUGCAUCUGUUGGUCAGAGAUACCUUUAAAAAAAGUAAGAGCGUGGAUCAGAAAACCAGUCAGUAUCUGGUGUGACCAACAUUUGCCUAAUGUAGCGCGACACACGUACUUUGCAUAGGGUUCAGGCUGUUUAAUCAUUUUCUUGAUAUGCCACACAUGUCAGGUGGAUGGAUUAUCUAGGCAAAGGAGAAAUGCUCACUAACAGGGAUGUAAACACGUGUGCACAAAAUUUUAUAGAAAUAAGCUUUUUGUGCGUCUGGAAAAUUUCUGGGAUCUUUUAUUUCAGCUCAUGAAGCAUGGGACCAACACUUUACAUGUUGCGUUUAUAUUUUUGUUCAGUGUACAAAUCAAAUAGACACGUCCACCUCCAAUUGCUGUAGGAUCUAGGAUGUCGCUGCAUUAAACCAGAGAUGAUCUCUCAUUGCAGAUAUCAACUCCCAGGUGACCAUCGUCACUAAGACGUUUCUGAGAUACACCGAGCUGCAGGUCCUCAUCAGUAGCAUAAGGACCUAUUACAAGGACAUCAAAAUAAUUAUCGCCGACGACAGCCUGGAGCCACAGAAAGUGAACGGCUCCAACAUUGAGCAGUACAUCAUGCCCCCAGCACAGGUACAAGCUGGUUUUGGUCAAAUUGAAAACCUCAAAGUGGACAUUCAGUGUGAAUUGAUGAUGGACAUAAAAUACUGUUGUGUUGAGCAUGUAUGAUUGAAUUUCUGAGUUGAAAGGAAUAGAAAUACGAUUUUAUUGAAAUGUUAUUGUCAAUUAUUGUGAUAUGUGCAUGUCUUAAUUAACCCAGGUGUAUGUAUUUGUCUCCUGGAGCAGAUCAGUGCAAUAAGGGCAACCUGCCAUAGACCUACACUUACAGAUGUAGGAUCUUAAUUUGAGCCAGUUUGCUACAGCAGGAAAAUAAUCCUGCAGCAACAGGAAAUGUGGAUUAUAAUUAAUGGACAUUUUUGUAGGGGUUGAUGCUUUUUUUGUUAGGGCAAAUUAAGUCAAGUUUUAAAGUGCAAAUUACAAACGUUAGCUGUGCAGGAAAAUUCUCAGCAACAGUCAUCAAAUUAAGAUCCUACAUCUGUAACAAACUCAAGUCGGCCACACUGGAAUUUAAUAUAUUAUUUUUAGAAGAACGCAGACAACAACCAAAGCCUUGAGAAGUUUGAAUUGUCAUUAUCAGCAGCAGCAGUCAAACAAAUGAACAGGUUUUGGCAACAGCCUUCAUUAGCAUGCACGUUUAUUUAAAUGACGUCACAACCAUUUUUCUCAUUCAUGGUGGCUAUUGUUGAAACAAAAGGCUUGUAUAAAUGGCUGAGUUUACACAGGCAGCCCAAUUCUGUUUUUGUUUUUUUCACUAAUUGGUCUUUUGACCAAUCAUAUCAGCUGUGAAAAAGAUCUGAUAUGAAAAGAUCUGAUGUGAUUGGUCAAAAGACCAAUGAGUGGAAAAAAUAUUACAAUUGGGCAGCCGGUGUAAACACAGCCUACCUGGCUGUAUCAUCUGUCCUUUGUCCUGAUCUUGUCCACAUUCUUAUUGUGGCCACAUUUUUAGACUGGUGUAGACGAUUAAAAGACUAAUUGUUCUUCCUGACCACCUCCCGAGGUAGACACGCAUUGUCUGGAUAUCUUACAAGUGUUGACGGAUCUGGACAGUGAAACCAUUUAAAUCAUCAUUAUCACGCCCUCUAAAAUCAUUGACAGGUGAUGCCAUUGACCUAUGGCAUCAAUAUGUCUUAAAAUAAAUAUUAUUUGGAAAGAAUAUCUGUCGAAUAUUUUGCAUACAAGGAGGCACUAGGAUAUGGUCACAAUGCAGACAGUGGACGGUUAAGAGACAUUUAACUACCAUGUGUAGAUGCAAACGGUUACAAUGUGGACAGGUGCGUUGUCAGUGGGGUGGCAGGGGUGGAACCCCCCUUGAAAUAUCAUUGCCCCCCCCCCCCCCCAUUCUCAUUGGGUCAGAGCGCUGUCAAUCUGGCUCAGAUUGUAGAUGAAAUUUUGCUAUUCAGCAGUUAAGUGGUUUUGGUUUUCUUCCUUAACAUUUCGACCUUUGCAAUAUUCAAGUAAUUUGAUGUAUUUUCUUAUUAGCCUUAUCAACAUAGAAACUGGUUGUAGUUUUUGUGCUACAACGGUUAAAAAGGCCAUUCUGUAACAAUAUAGCUAAAAGCACUAUUGUUUUUCAGUGUCAGGGUAGCCUGUCAUUUCGGUCAUUUGUGUGGUAUUAAAAAAGAUUCUGCUAACUCCAGUAAUGUAAAUUGCUUUCAUCAAUCUAACCAUGUCAGAAUAACUUUAUUUUUACUCUCAAAAUAUACUGAGCAGUGGAGGCUGGUGGGAGGAGCUAUAGGAGGAAAGGCUCAUUGUAAUGGCUGGAAUGAAAUUAAUGGAAUGGUAUCAAACACAUGGAAACCACAUGUUUGACUCCGUUCCGUUUAUUCCAUUCCAGCCAUUACAAUGAGCCCAUCCUCCUAUAGCUCCUCCCACCAGGAAGCAUGUUUUAUUCUGAGUUCGGACAUAUAAAGUUUGUAUGUGAACUACUUCUAAGAGGCAUACAUUCAGUUGUUCCGAACACACUUCACUCGCGCUAAAGAGGGAGGCUCGCUCGGCUGGUGCUAUCACAUGCGCAAAUCAAAUACCUCUGGAACGCUGAUUUAAGGUGUCCUGAUAAUUCUAAAGACUGCUCAGAAACCCAUGUGUUUUAAUCGGCGUAUGCUUACUUUGAUUUUGACCUUAGGCAGAUUAAAAUAAACAGAGUAAGGUGUUUACAUGACUAUUGCAUAAUCUGGCUACUGCCAUAAUCAGUUUAAUAUCCAAUUAUUAGUGUGCAUGUAAAUGUAUUCACUGAUUGAAGUGGAUUUAACAAGUGACAUCAAUAAGGGAUCAUAGCUUUCACCUGGUCAAUCUAUGUCAUGGAAAGAGCAGGUGUCCUUACCGUGUUGUACACUCAGUGUAUAAUCAUGCCAACCAUUGUGAAUAUGUUGUGGAAUUUUAAUUUUAAUUUUUAUCAUGUACAUAAUAAAUGUUAAAUAUGAAGAAAAGCAGUAUGACAAUCAGCGAGAAAUAAUAGCUUUGAUCACUGUUGUUGCUGGGAAUUUUCCUGCGCCACAGGAAAUGCAGAUGAGCUUUGUGAUUUACAUAAAUUCACUCAAAACCUGUGCUAACACAUGGUAAUAUUAACAGUAUUGCACUUUUUAUGUAGCAUAAUUUUGGCCAGCUAAUAGCCUAACCACUGAUCAAGCAACAUUAUGUACUAAACUUUCAAAUCCCUUUGCUGCAGGACUAUUUUGCUACGACAAUGCCGGUCAAAUUAAGAUCCUACAUCUGUAUGCAUUACGAACCCUGCACCCAAAGACUUUUGAUGAUGAACUAUUGAGUUGGGAACACAUUAUGCAGUUAACAAGUCUACCAUUCUUUUUUUAUAGGAUAUUUUUAUCACAGAUAGCCACUGAUACAAAGUAAUUUUGAGGACAUUUUCCUUCCCAAAGGGCUGGUUUGCUGGCAGGAACCUGGCUGUCUCUCAGGUCACUACCAAAUACUUAUUCUGGGUUGAUGACGACUUCCUGUUCACAGACAAAACCAAGAUCGAGAAUCUGGUGGAGGUGAUGGAGGCCACACCAGAACUAGACGUGGUGAGCAGAGUAACUGUAACCUGAUCCCUGAUCUGUCACCAGGCUAGAAAAAGUUUUACCUGUUUUGCUUAGACUGGGGCUGGAAUUCAGUGGUAACACAACUCUCAACCAACACUUUCUCUUCACAAUAUUGAUGGUGUCAAGGUCCUCCCCUCCAGUGAGGUUCGAAACCUUUGUGUGAUACUUGACAACCAGCUCUCUUUUGAGGCCCUCAUCAAAAGUGUGACCAAAGUCACAUUUUCCAUCUAUAGAACAUCUCCCUUCAGCAGCCUAAUAACAAUGUGACAGGGCUUUCAGUUGUGCGGCUCUGCGGCUGUGGAACACACUUCCAUACACUGUUAGGGCUGCAGAGUCUCUGUCCUCGUUUAAGGCACAGCUCAAUACCCUGCUGUUCAGAAAAGCUUUCAAGGACCUCUGCUAAUUCUAUUCUCAUGUCCUCUGGAUCUGACAACACGUGAAUAUAGCUUUAUUUGUUGUCUGUGUUCCACACUCUUGGAAAAAAGGAUUCCAAAAGGGUUCAACAGCUGUCCCCAUAGGAUAACCCAAUGUGGUUCAAGGUAGAACCCUCUGUGGAAUGGUUUCUACAUGGAACCGAAAAGGGUUCUACCUAUAACUAAAAAUAGUUAUUCAAAGGGUUCUCCUAUGGGGACAGCAGAAUUACCCAUUUAGGUUCUAGAUACAGUAUUAGGAAGAAACAAAAGUGCUAUGUUCUCUGUGUUUUGGAUUGUUUCUAUUGUAUUUUUUUCUAUGCAUUGGGUCUGAGAAAUGCGCUUUACAAAUUAAAUGAAUAAUAAUUGUUAUUACUACAUGUGAACCUGCUCUGUUCUCUGCCUCCUGUGAUUAGGUGGGCGGCUCUGUGGCGGGCCACGGCCAGUUCUACUUCUCUUUGGUGUACGAGGAGGGUAAUGGUGAGGACGGGGGUUGUCUGAACAGAAAGCGUGGAGUGAAAUACCAACCUGUUCCAGGCUUCCCCAACUGCUCCUUCACCAGCGGGGUGGUCAACCUUUUCCUUGGUCGCACCGACGCCGUGCUCAAAGUGGGCUUUGACCCCCUGCUGAAGAGAGUGGCGCAUUCAGGUGGGCUUAUUUUUUUAUUUCUUUAAUUUAACCGUUAUUUAUCCAGGAUGUCCCGCUGAGGUCCGAAGAUCUCCAUUAGGAGGGAUACUUUUUUAAAUCUAUCUGUCUGUCUGUCUGUCUGUCUGUCUGUCUGUCUGUCUGUCUGUCUAAUCUCCUUCUUGAUUAUUUUAGGAGGGAGACUUGGCCAAUAUGUAUUAUGUAUGUACAUAUACAGUAUGAGAAGUGCACAAUGUGUAUGACAGAGGUAUUGUAUAAUAUAUGUAAAAUGUUGAGGUGUGUAACGGUCAGUAGUCUGCUGGUCUGUCAUCAUUCUUGAUUAUUUUAGGAGGGAGACUUGGCCAAUAUGUAUUAUGUAUGUACAUAUACAGUAUGAGAAGUGCACAAUGUGUAUGACAGAGGUAUUGUAUAAUAUAUGUAAAAUGUUGAGUGUGUAAUGUACAGUCAAGUCUAUUUUUUACUGUAUAUAGCAGUACUGUGUGUCUAAGAUAAUUUUCCCACCAGGGACAUUUAAAGUUCAUCCUAUGCUAAGAGGGCAGUUAAAACCCCAGUAAAAACAGUUGCACAUAUUUUACAUUUACAUAUUAGUCAUUUAGCAGACACUCUUAUCCAGAGUGACUUGCAGGAGCAAUUAGGGUUAAGUGCCUUGCUCAACGGCACAUCGACAGAUUGCAGCAAGUCUGUAAACUAUGUCAAUAGGAAAUCUGGAAAGCUGUGUCAAUAAGAAAGCCAGAGGGACAAAUUCAAGAGUGAUGUUCAGUUUCAGUGUUGUUGGGUUACGUGUGGUAAGUUUUGAAGAAGUCAAUUGUUUAUAUAGAUGAUUAUGAACCUGUUGCUGUUUUAACCCAUGCUGCUGUUAUUAUGCUUAAGGCACUGCUCUGUCUUUGGUAAUUCAUAUUUGGUCCAUUCCAUUUUCCCUGUCCAUAUGUCUGUUUCAGAGUUCUUCAUGGAUGGGUUGGGCAGUUUGCUGGUUGCCAGCUGUAGUCAUGUCAGCGUCGACCACCAACCCAAAAUUAAAAACGCAAAGUACUCAUCGUUCCGAAAACAACAAUCAAAAGACGCAGAAGACAAACUAGUCCGCCACUUCUUCAAGAACCACCUGAAAUGUAUCCGUUAUGGAUAGUUUACAAAGAAGUAAACAGUGAAAAUAGUGGUUCAAUUGUGAGGUGCAAUAAUCCAAAUAUGUAAUCGCGGCAUCCCGUCUGUAGUGGCGCAGUUCUCUUAAAAAAAUGUAAAGCCACCGGUAUCUACAGGAAGCAAAUUAGUAUGAGGCGAAGAAACCAGUAUCUUCUUUUGACUAUUUAGUGAAAAAAUAAAGGUUUUACAGAGUCACAUUUAGAACGGUCUAGAAACUGUGUUGCUCCAGGUACGUUCUCCUCUACUGAGUUCUGUGGUCACAUGAGUGAUGUCACAUGGAUUCAACUAAUGGAGCAUUCUAACAGAAUGUUUUCUAAACAAAAUGGAAUGUUCUCAAUAGAUAUAAAUAUGUUGACAAAUAUGCAGAAAUAUGUGCAGAAAUAAUUAUCUUUCUAGCAAAAUGCUCUUUCUUGCAAUAUGGAUCCUACACGUCUAUUUAAAAUGAUACGGUUACUUGGUGCACCACGAAACGUUUAGAAGAUAUGCUCUAUAUCAUGAAAUGUUUGAUCCAAGUCUAA